AUGAACCCCGACAACAAGGAGGUCUGCCUCAUUAUCGGCGCGUCCAGGGGCAUCGGCCGGCAAGUUGCCAUCGACCUCGCACAACAUGGCUACUUCGUUGUCGUCGCGGCCAAAACCACGUCGGAUGCUAGCGCCAUACCAGCAUCUUCGUUCCCGCCCGACCCGAACUCACCAGCGUCGACCAUCAACACCGUAGCCCGGGAGAUCACUGAGGCUGGUGGUUCCGCACUCGCCUUACCUGUCGACGUGCGGGAUGUGGACAACGUCAAAGACUUGGUCGACGAGGUCGCACGCCGCUUGGGCCGCCUAGACGUGCUGAUCUACAACUCUGGGGCGAUUUGGUGGUCAGCGGUGGAGACCACCCCGGUCAAGCGCUUCAUGCUGCUUCAGCAAGUCAAUCCGCAAGGCCUGUACGCGGCGGUAUCAGCGGCGCUGCCUCAUUUUGGAAAGCAGGGCUGGAAGGGACGCAUCAUCGUGGUGUCUCCGCCCAUAUAUUCACGCUUCUUCCGGGGAAAGACCGCCUACGCUAUGGGCAAGGUGGGCAUGAGUGUCUUGACCAAAGGCCUCGCCAUGGACUUUGUGAGACAGGGGCGGAAAGAAAUGGCCAUUACGAGCAUUUGGCCUGCCGUGUCCAUUGAAUCAGCAGCGACCCAACGCUCAGUGGAUCGCGAGCCAGACUUUUUCAAGGAUCUAAGAAAACCUACAAUCUACUCUGACGCUAUCCUUGCCAUGCUCCAAUCUCCCGCCGAGGAGGUCAACGGCCUACUCGACCUAGAUGAAGACUUUCUGCGUAAGAAAGGUGUGACGGAUUUCUCAAAGUAUAGCGUCGUGCCCGGCUCAACACCGCGUCGCAUCAUGCCCGCGCAGUUCCCCGUCCUGGAGGUUGCCGAGCAGGACGACGAGGGAAGACGGGUCGACAGUGCGGUCCUGCGGCAGGGAAGUGAUGACAAGAACCUGAUUCUAACUCAAAUGCUCCCACUGGAGAACGUCAACAAGGAGGUCUGCUUCAUGAUUGAUUGCUCGAGCUCUGACUUCAGGAUACGAGACAAACGAGAGAAAUUAGAGCGGCAACAGAUAUCGGGCGGAAUGGUCUGCACCAAGACCGGUGACGUCAUGUGCCAACUCAUCCAUAGUAUUGACUUGCAAGUUCAAGUUAAAGAGCCUCACCGUGAAAAUAUUCUCGAAAAUACCACGAUUGCAGCAAUCAUGUCCGGACUUGUCGAAAAGCUGACUGCUGAAGGAGGGGGCGAAUCAGUGGAGUUCCUGAACGACCUGGUCAGACAGUUGUGGCCCAAUAUCAAUGCAGCCGGUAGCAAAAUGGUCAAGGAGAUCGUCGAGCCCAUGUUCAAGACGAUGCUCCCUGGCCCGCUGGCCACCCUGCACUUCACCAAGAUCGAUCUCGGCCCUGAACCUCUACGACUGUCGAAUGCAAAGACGACAAAGACAGAGGUGGAUGGCAUCAAACUCGAUCUGAACGUCGACUGGGUUGGCAAAGCCGACAUCGAAAUGGAUGCAGACAUGAUCCCUGCCCUCGGCGUCGAAAGCGUACAGCUGCAUGGAAGGCUUUCUAUUCUUCUAUGCCCUCUAACAAACGUCAUACCACUGAUCGGAGCCGCCCAGAUAUCAUUCAUCAACCCACCAGUUCUCAAGCUUGAUUUCACAGGCGCUGCCAACGUGGCCGAUUUCUCCAUCAUUGAUGACACGGUCCGGAAGGUGAUUCUCGGCAUCAUCAACUCCAUGUUCACCCUCCCCAAUCGAUUCCUGGUCAAGCUUGACGCCAAUGCCGACUACUUCAAAACGUACCACUACCCACUCGGGAUGGUGCGAGUGACCGUGGAGAAGGCGUGGGGCUUCGGAGAGGAGGCCAAGUCAUCCACGAAAAAGUUGUUCAACAAGUUGACCGGUGCCGCUCCAGACUGCUACGCCAAGGUCGAGGUCGGGGGCGAGGAAGCGUGGAAGACUGCCACCAAGAACAACACCAACAGGCCGUCGUGGAACGAGACGCAUGACUUUGUCGUGAGUGAUUUCGACCAGUGCAUCAAGGUGGACGUGCUCGAUGAAGACCUCAACGGAGACGACGAAGUCGGUCUUGCCGUGACCACGGUCCGCGAGAUUCUGUUAGCCGGAGGCAGCCAGGAACUACCGCUUGUGCACAAGGGCCAGGAAACCGACGGCAGGGUGUCCAUCUCCUGCCAGUUCUUCAAGUACGUGGCCGACGCCGGCAGCCUGACCGCGUCGGACCACAAAGGCGACGGCCGGCUCUCGGGCAUUGCGACAAUCCUGGUGGCCGGGGCCUAUGGCAUUCCAGGCCGGCGCGAGGACCUGAAACCCAGCGUCGUGGUGACGUGGGGCCAGACGCAACGCUUCCAGACCGCCGUCAAGACCGACGCGCCCGGCACCGACAUCAACAACCCGGCCUUUGACCAGGCGUUCCGACUCCCCAUUACCACCGACCUGGUGGGCAGCAGCCCGGACAACUUCCGCAUCGCGCUGCUCGACGGCACCAAGGAGAUUGGCGCCGUCGACAUCCCCUUUGCCACCGUGGCCGACGCCCCCGACAAGACGCUGCAGCAGAAAUUCGACAUGGGCAACGGCGCCACCGUGCGAGCCAGCAUCCGCCUCCGAGGCGUCGUCCCUGGGGAGAUGCCGCAGACGGCGACGCUUCCGGAUAGACGCAAGUGA